UGUAUAUUGUAUGUAUUGUGUAUAAAUAUGUUUCUUUGACCUGUUUUUUUUUUUUUCUUGUACGUGAUGCAAAAAAUUUAAAAAUAAUUGAUAAAGGAAAGAUGUCAUUAGUAGAUAAAAAUUGAGCCCAAAGGAGGACAUAUGUGGAAGAAGUUUUUCUAGAGGUCAAAGAAUGCGUUUAUAAUUUUGUUGGUUAAAGGAACUUCCUCUGAUCCCGAUAAUGAUAAAGAUUAACACUGAGAUGCAAGUCAAGUAGAAGUUAAAUGCGUUAUAUGUUCACUUUCUACAAGUAGAAACUUAAAGGCGAUUUUAUUUAGACUUCAUCACUGUAGCAGAAAGAUUGGUUGUAAUAUGGAGCUGCCUGGCCUCGCUUUUGUUGUUUUGAUGUUUGUUUGCUUCCAUGCAUCUGUGGAUGGAUAUCCAAAUGGAAAAGUAAGAGAAGCCUGCACUAGCAUGGUGCCCUGUCAUGGUAUCUCUCCAAAACUGUCGCCUGAGCAUGUCAUUACAGUUAAUAGGACUGAAUUUAAACCUGGGGACAGUGUAGAAGUUCAGCUGUCUGGUCCAGAUUUUGAAGGAUUUUUCAUACAAGCUCGGGAUGCAGAAGACUUGGACAGCCCUGCAGUUGGUUCUUUUGUAUUAGUUGACCGGAGACAUUCUCAGCUUCUGACAUGUGGCCAUACCACGAAUUCAGCUGUUAGUCACACAAAUAAAGCAAAAAAGAAAGUUGUAAAAGUUUAUUGGAUUGCUCCUGGAGAUGCACCAAAACGUGUGCGAUUUCUAGCCACAGUUGUGAAGAAAUACAAGACUUUUUGGGUGAAGAUUCCUGGUCCUGUUGUUUCUCAGCCUAAUGCACCAUUCUCAACAACACCCUUGUACACAACAUCAGAGGCUGUAUCAACUUCACAUUCAGCUUCCUACUUAACAAAGCCUUUUAAUGCAUCAGAUUGUGGAAAUACAAAGUUCUGCCUUAGGAACCCUUCAAACUGUGAUCCUGAGAAUGCUUCCUGCUUUUUCCUAUCCUUCCGUCAAGAGAGGAGAUCAGUACUUAUUGAAAUGAGUGGUCCCAGUGAAGGAUAUUUAGCAUUUGCACUGUCCUAUGACCAAUGGAUGGGUGAUGAUGAUGCAUAUCUGUGUAUUAAUGAGGACCACCAUGUUAGUGUAAGCACUGCUUACCUGAAGGGACGAAGUCCUCCUGUUCUGGAUUCAAAGAAUGCUCUUGAAGAUGUGUCAUGGAGGCUUGUGGAUGGUGUUCUUCAAUGUUCUUUUAGAAGGAAUAUUAGUCUCCCUGCAUAUAAGGGGAGGUUUAACAUGAAUGCCAGUUACUACAUCUUUCUGGCAGAUGGGGAAGCUAGUGAAGGUGGUCCAAUAUAUAAACAUCGCCGUCAGCCUCUGAUCACCGAUGGAAUGUACAAUGUCACAGGCAUUCCUCAGGAUAUUGGAGGUUCCCGCUCCCCGAGACUUAUCAAGGCUCAUGGUGCACUGAUGUUUGUUGCUUGGAUAAGUACAGUUAGUAUUGGUGUAAUUGUUGCACGAUUCUUCAAGCCUGUCUGGACUCAUUCAUUCUUAUUUGGAAAAGAGUUAUGGUUUCAGGUGCAUCGUACGCUUAUGUUGACCACCGUUAUGCUUACCAGCAUUUCUUUUGUAUUGCCUUUUAUAUACCGAGGUGGUUGGAGCAAACAAGCAGGUUUUCAUCCGUAUCUUGGCUGUACUGUGAUGGCUCUGACAAUCUUUCAACCUCUUAUGGCAGGUUUCAGACCGUCUCCUCAUGCACCAAGGAGGCAAUUGUUUAACUGGUUUCACUGGAGUAUUGGUACAACUGCUAGAAUACUAGCUGUGGUUACUAUGUUCUUGGGAAUGGAUCUGCCUGCACUUGACCUACCAGACCCAUGGGACACCUAUACAAUGAUUGGUUUUGUAGCUUGGCAUGUUGGUACUGAUGUUCUUCUGGAGAUACACAGCUACUGUCUCAUACGUAAAGUUGAACUGAUAGAGGAUGACAGAGUACAGAUAUUGCAGUCAUUCACAUCUGCAGAAGCAGAAGGUAACCUGUUUAAACAGAUUGUGUUAACUAUUUAUGUCUGUGGAAACAUAAUAUUCCUCAUUGCCUUCCUGGCAGCAAUCAACCAAGUAUGAAAUAAGAAAUGGAGAACUUUGCAGUGAAGUACGAUGCAGCCGAAAAACAUGCAAGGAAUACUUUCUAUUGUGUUUCCGUCAACACAUCCUUGAAGAUGUGGUUGAAGAGCAAUAGCAUGUGUACAAGGGAGAAAAAUUCAAAUCAAUAGAAUGCUGGAAUUCUGCAAAAGCUGCCUUCAGGUGUUAUUUUUAAUGGGAGUCUUUGCCUGAGUAAGGAAUGAGGUUUUUUUUUUGGUUUUUUUUGGGUUUUUUUUUUUAAGUAUAAUAAUUUACGUGGUUAGAGUUUACAGGCUAAGAAGAGUGAGGAGAUGCACUGAAAUCACUGUUUUGAUAGUCACAGUUCCCUAAACCUUUUGGGCAUAUUACUGGGAAAACUGGAAAGUGUGAUCCCAAUUCUGUGUUCUAAUGACAUGGUUUGACAGUCUCCUGCUUGUGACAACUUUGUCCCACACAAAGGAAAAAAAAACUUACUGAAAAAAUCUGCCACAAAUGCUUGAGCUAAACAUUGAGCUAAACAUUGUUUAUCUUUGCAGUUCAAUGCAAAAAUUAUUCUCUGCUCUAAGAGCAGUGCACAUUUACAGGGAUAAGGGCUUGGGAACCUUGGUUCUUUAGUAAGAUCACCAUUUUCAUCAUUCAAAAUACUGUUUUGUUCUCUCAGUGCUUCCAAGGCUUAACAAGGAAAGCACGUUUGGAAAUGUACACUAAAACCUAGUUCUGCUUAUCCAAAACUCAAACAGGAAAAACCUAUCCGUGUGCAUGUACUUGUUCUGCUGUCUCUGGUCACUUGUUGCUUCUGAAUUGCUGUUUUGUACAAAUAACAUGGGGCUUAUGCAACUUGAUUCUUAAAGAUAAGUGAAAAUAUUUGCUCAGUUAUAUUGCAGUUGUAUUUGCUCUAUUGAAUGCACUGCUGAAAUAGUGAUUUGGAAUCUACUUCAGGAAAGUGCAUCUCCCUUUAGUGUUAAAUGAGCAUUCUUUGAGCUGGUAUGUCUGACUUUUUCAGAGACGCUUUUUUUAGUCAGUAACUAAUUUAUCUUAAUAAUAUGGUAUGGGGAAUGGAGGGGAGACUGUUCUCAACUUCUUUGGUUUCUGGCUUGCUUAGAGAUUGAGAGUCACUUUUUAACUGAAAUCUCAUAAAUUAACCCUUAUUAUACUAAUUAUACUAUGUAGUAAAUGCUUUGCUUUUUUUUUAAUUAGUUGUAAAACUUCAAAGUAUACCUCUACCAAAGGGUUGUUAACCUAGCUAAGAAUAAAGGCAUUGACAAAUAAGAUAGGACCCAGUAUUCACUGUUACAGAUAUAAAACAUUAUAGCAAGAUCUCUCUGCUACCUGAUGCUCAUGCCUAAGGCACUUCCUGACUAAGAUACUAGUCAGGAAGUUGUUCUUUCCAUUAACUAAAGCUGUCUAGUUCAGCCUCUUUUUUUUUUCCUUGAAAUUCACAAUGCAGCCUGUUGCAAAUAUAAGUUUUCAGAAUGUAUCAAGUUUGUGGACAGAGAUCUUGCUUGCUCAAGUAACAUGCUUAGUUGUAAGAGUCUUUACAGAGCUGAGAUUAAUCCCUUUUGUUAGCAGCAUAAUAGAUUACAAGUGAGUGAACCUCCUUCCCUGCACCUGGAGAAUACAAGAGAAGGCUAAGAAGAAAUAUGGCAAAACUCAGGCUGAAGGGCAACAAGCAUUUUCUUUAUGUGACGUUUUCAGUUUGUUCUUUGGGUAUCUUUGACUUCAAAUAUGUAGGAGUCUCAGACCUAUCCAGCACUAAAAUUCUGGGAGCUCUUCAAUAUACUCAGUUUACAGAAGAAAAUCUCUACUCAAACAUGAUAGAUGGCUUUUGAAAUUAAGUCAGUGGCAGCUUCUUUCUAUAAUACAACAGCUGUGCUGCAUUGCUUCAUUCUGAUGUGUAAGAGGGGGGAUUUUAAAACAUGAAUGUAAGUAUCUUAAUAAUUGUUUCUCUUUUAAUACAGUGGAAACACUAUCAAAUAAAAAUUAGACUAGUUUUGCAUAGUAGUAAUCAAUCAAUGUUUUCAUUGUAGAUGCUUUUUUUACAAAUUAGCAAUUUGAAAAGCAAUUCAAAUGUUUCUUGGAGAAACUCUUGAAAUUGAGUGUUAGAAAUUGGAUGUUAAAAUGUUUCUUUACUGUGGAAUAGCUCUUUCCUGAGAGCUACAGUUUGCAGACUUGUUAGUUGCUCUUAAAUAACGCUCUUCCCUAGUACUAGUAAUAAUCUGUAGUUUGUAAUAUGAGGUCUUUCCUGACACAUUCCAGUAUCUUCAAAUCAAAGUCUUGUUAAUUUUUUAACACCUCCCUGCCCACCUGCAUGACUAGCAAGAGGAAGCAAAGUGAUUGUAUUAGAGUGACUCUCCCAAAAUUGCUGUUACAAUCUUUGAAAAUAAAAAUAAAACUAUAAAAAUGAAAAAAACACCGUGCAAGUGUUUGAUGGGGGAAAAAAAACAGGUAGCAGGAAGUUUGGUUCUAGAGGCACUGGUGGCUUAAUAUUGUUUAGAAGGAGACUCCUGGCGUUUUUCUUCAUAAAGGAGUCCUGCUAAAGUUGACAGAAGUUUUUAUGAAAAGAUCAAGGUUUUGAUGAUUCUAGUCUCGGAUUAAGCUUCUGAUCAUAUCAUAUUUCAGAUUGGUUCUUUCUAGAUUGGUAAAUUCUCCCUAUCAAGUAGGAAUUCACCUCAAAAUACUGCUUAUCUGCUCUUGAAAGCUACAAAUAAUGUUUCUUGAAUAUGUUUCAGAGAAAACUAGGUAGUGCAAAUUGCUUAAAUGCGUUUGAAUUUAUUGCUGCUUUGCUUUACUUGAAAUCUUUUUUUUUUUUUUUUUUUUUUUUUUUGCAAGCAGAAGUUUGGGUGCAAGAUGAACAAAGAUUGGAAAACAUUUUUAAUGCCAAACACCAAACUAUUUGUUUGUUUUGGCAAAAAUCAUAUGUAGAGACACGUAUUGGGUGUAACGUCAAUGUUUUUUCAUUUAUUCAGGUUUGUGAAGGCUAGAGAGAUCCUUGCCUGUUAUUUUCUAUCACUACUUGUAACACUGUGUGGCGCUCUUGUUCAAACAACAUUUUUAUUUGCCCACAGUGUAAAGUUCAGGCACGUAAACAGCCUCCAAAACAGGAAGUCUUCCUAGACAAAAUAUUCAUAAUAUAUCUCAAGCUUUAGAUUCGAGCCAGUUCAUACAGAUAGACAUAAUGUCUAUGCUUAAGCUCUGUUGGAACAGUAAUGACUUACUUUCUUUUGGAAUUAAGCUGUGCUUUACAUAUGAACAUCUUUUUUUUUCCCAAACAACUUAAGAUGAGUGACUAUCAUGGAGCAAGAGGGAUGAUCUGCUAGUACUCCAGAGAAAUUCUUAGCUCAGAUCAGUAUGAUCCUAAGCUUUAGGGUGCACGUAUGUGUGAAAGGCAGAGCUGUUCCAUACGUUUUUCUGAAGGGAGUGGUACAGCAGAACAGACACGGGAAAAGUGAAGAACCACCCCCACGAGCCCCCACCCAGCCAGAUGCCAAUCUGAAAUAUUAAAGUUCUGCUUGUUGUUGUUCCACUAUCCAAGAGGUUGGUAGUAACAAAUCAGCUUGUGCUGUGUGUGGUGUUUUUACACUACUUUCUGUUUUUUGGAACUGAAUUUUACCUGACAAUUUACUUAAUAUUUGAAGUGCUGAUGUCUUCUCGGUUUCCUUCCUUUUAAACUAUUUCUGUAUUGUUUGCCAGAUCAUUUAAGGAUAUUACUGGGGAAUGCAGAGAAUGAGUGCCCAAAUCAGUCUGCUUCUGUUAUAAAAGCUGCCUGUGUCACUUUUUCCUACUGUCCAAAUUAUAUCCCAUUGAGAACUUGUAAAAUACAUCUUAAAACAAAAACAAACCACUGAGUGUAACUGUCAGAACUAAGCAGUAGCGGGAAAACAAAUGUCUUCAGAAAAAGAGGAAAGAAAAAAUUUCUACAACAAAUAAAGUCAGGCUAGAUGUAGAGAAAAUGUAAUUGUUUAUUCGUUUCCAUCUCCAGGUAACCAUCUUUCACAAUUCCUAAAAUCUGAGAUUAUCUGCUCACUGUCUACUUCAGACUGGGACCACCACCUGCUUAGAGGCUUUGUCAGCUGAUUGCUACUGUUGUGCCUCAGUAUGAGGUAGCGGCUUCAUUUUCCUGCUUUGAAACGAGGAAGGCAAGCGAAAGUUAUUUCUGUUCUUUGGUAGUUAUUUCUGUUAUUUCUACAACAGAACAAUACAACCUGACCUUUAUCCACUUAGCGAUUCAAACCAGUCUAAGACCUACCAAAAGUAAUGCUAUCGUACUGAUUUGAAUAGAAGGAUGUAGAGUGAUGAGGCACUUUUUUCCCAAGAACCUGGUAUUAGAAAAAUGACUAGCAUGUGACUUUCCUAUGUGUAAUUAUACCUUAUGGCUACUCUAAGUGCUGUAGCCUUCCUCCAUUGUGGAAAGAAUGACCAUGUUGAAUGGUGGGACUCUGCUGCCUGUGGGGGACCCAUACCCAGCAGCAGCUGCCCCCAGAACAGACCUGUUGCAGCUGCAGGAUGAGCUAUUGACAAGUUGGUUUCUGAUGGGAGAUCUGCACUAAUUUUAGCUCCCCUGGCUGAUGAAACCUGCGGACUAAGCAAUAAUGUUAAUGACUGACAGGCACUGCCUGCCUGGCAACCAGCUUUCUGGAAAAGUAACACUUUGUGUAGUGAGCUAAGGAGGUGAAGCCAUGCCUGGGAGGUCAGGCUGUUUAUAGCGUUACGCAUGGGGUCUGUGAGGGAUGGGCAGGAAACAUGCAUGUGAUGUGGGGAGGGGAACAGGAUUUUAGCAUUGCUGUACUGUCCUCUAUAGAGGAGAAGGAUGGGUGGACUGUGAUGCUCUAGAAACAUGGCUAAAAACUUAAAUGUGGGCUUUACUAUUUUAAUAUUGUUCUACUCUUAAAAAGGAAUGCUUCAAAUUUUGCACAAGAUACUAAGUUUGGAGAUCAGCUUUUAUAUAGACUUUUUUUCUGGCCUCUAUCUCUCAUACUUAGUUUUUAACUAAUGUUUAAAAAAAAAAAAGGUUU